AGCAGCAGAGUGUGAGGUUUGUCGACACAGCAGGGAGGAGGAAACACCAGAUACAACUCGAGGAAGUCUUUCUGACAUUUAUAAGAAUGAAGAGGCGGAUGUGAGGUGUUUUUAAACGCGGUGACAAUGAUCCGGACUCUCAGCCGGGCGAGCUUUAAGGCUGUGAGGGCAGCGCAGCCGGUAAAGGACAUUACAAGCAGUCGGCUGCACAGCACGUAUGAUGUGGCCGUGGUGGGGGGCGGCAUCGUCGGCCUGGCAACCGUCAGAGAGCUUCUUCUGCGACACCCGUCCCUCAGCUUCAUCCUGCUGGAGAAAGAAAAAGAGCUCGCUGUGCACCAGAGUGGGCACAACAGUGGAGUCAUUCACAGCGGCAUCUACUACACGCCGGGGUCGCUGAAGGCCCGCCUGUGUGUGAAAGGAGCCACUUUAGCCUACGAGUACUGCGACAAGAAAGGACUCCCUUACAAGAGAUGUGGAAAGCUUAUCGUGGCUUGCGAGCAGGAGGAGAUACCCAGACUCAAAGCUCUAUAUGAGCGCGGCAUGAAGAACAACGUGCGUGACCUCAGCAUUGUCGACGCCAAGGGAAUCCGAGAGCGAGAGCCAUUCUGCAGGGGUAUUAUGGCCUUGGACUCGCCCUACACCGGCAUUGUGGACUGGAGGAUGGUGGCUCUCAGGUAUGGGCAGGACUUUGAGGAGGCGGGCGGCACGGUGGUUACUGAAUGUGAGGUUGAUGACAUUUCCAUGGUCAAAGAGAGCCCAGCUGGGAGUACUGAAGGAAUGAAAUAUCCAAUUGUAAUCAGAGACAAAAAGGGUAAAGAGGUUCGGUGCCGUUACGUCCUGACCUGCGGAGGCCUGUACUCGGACCGCCUGUCACAGAUAUCUGGAUGCAGUCCGGAGCCUCGGAUCGUCCCCUUCAGAGGAGAUUAUCUGGUGUUAAAGCCGGAGAAACACUAUCUGGUCAGGGGGAAUAUCUAUCCUGUCCCUGACCCUCGUUUCCCGUUCCUUGGAGUUCACUUCACCCCGAGGAUGGAUGGAAGUGUUUGGCUCGGCCCCAACGCAGUCCUCGCCUUCAAGAGGGAAGGUUACAAAGUGUACGACUUCAACCUUCGAGACUUUGCAGACGCUCUCUCAUUCAGGGGCCUUCAGAGGCUGAUAAUGAAGAACAUACCGUACGGGAUGGGAGAAAUGUAUAGAGGGGUUUUCAUUGGUGCACAGGUUAAAAUCCUGCAGAAGUACAUCCCUGAACUCUCAAGGAGCGACGUGCUCAGGGGUCCUGCAGGAGUUCGAGCUCAGGCUCUCGACCGAGACGGAAACCUCGUUGACGACUUUGUGUUUGACGGCGGCGUCGGGGACAUGGGCAGUCGGGUGCUCCAUGUGCGUAACGCUCCCUCGCCGGCGGCCACCUCCUCCCUCGCCAUCGCUGAAAUGGUUGCAGACGAGGUGGAGAGUCGCUUCGCGCUGUAGAGUGAUCGCAGAAGGAAAAAUGAGAAACCCCAAAUAUUCCAGCUUGAAGGAAGUGGCAAAGUCAAGCUGUCACUACCUCAGCAUCGAUGUCGUCAUGGAGACAUUUUAUAUCAAGUCAAGCCUUAAAUUAGGGGGAGAAAGAAACAUAACUUUAACUUGAUCAUAUUUUUAAGACAGUUUUUACUUCGGUACUGUUUUAAGAUGAAUCUUGAAUCUUUUUUUUUUUUUUUUUCUGCACUACAAUACUGUAAACAUAAGUGCAUCUUGAGCUACUUUUAAAGAAGAUGUUAUGAAAAAAUAUUAUCAGUUUGAACAUAAUGUUUUGAAUGUGAACAUAAACUUUUUUAGAGAUUGACCAUUUUAAAUGAGAGAUUUUAAGUAUACCUCAAGUUUGGAAUUUUUACCUUUACUUUUGGAAGCCAUAGGUCUUUUUUUCUGUGUUUUAACUGUCAUUUGAAUAUUGUGAAGCCUGCUGGUUUCAAUCCAAAUGCUUUUUUUUUACCAUUUUUGGAUAAAUAAAUCCCCCAUAAAUGUAUUUGACACCAAAAAGGAUUGCUUUUUUUUUUUAAAAAUUGGAUAUUUUAAUGUUAACAAAUUGAUAAUUGUUGAUCGUUUUGUGCCAACAAUCAUUCUUAUUAAGGUUGGUGUCAGGUUUUUUUUUUUUUAAAUUGUUGAAUAGCGCAUAGUUUAUGAAGACAUGGGUUGUUUUUUGGACCUAAACAUUUUAACAUUAAAAACAGUUUGAAUUCAAAUCAACCGCAAAUAUUUUAGUCCUGUGUCACAUUUACAUUGAGGUGAACUGGAAACACUCAGAUGUUUGAUAAGUUGUUUUUGUGGGUACUGAUUUCAUAUCAUUCUGCUUUUAUUUACACCUUCAGGGGCUUCACAUGUUGCUUAAAUGUGUCCAGAUAAUAAGCCUAUAAUAUUGCAUGCCAUUUAUUGACAAAUAAAUGUUAAAAUAUUUCUUUUUUUUACCAUGAAUACAUAUUUUUGAAUAGCAAAUGAGCUAAUAUUUCUUCUUUGUACCAUUUGACUUUUAAAUAUUGCCAAAGAUGGGAUUGUUGGAACAGAUUCUCCUUAUGCCAUUGGAGAAGGUGAAAUAUUGAAUUGAAAACUGUAUUGAGUUUUCUGUGGUCCCCUAUACUACAUUUUUUUUGGUACUGUUUGAUUAAACAGUUGUUUGCAGAAGUUCCAUUAUUUCCUUAAUGAAGCACUUAUUCAGUUUGUCCACAAGGAGGCAGAAUCACAGCAACUAAAAUACUGUAUAAGCCACAAUGUACACUCAAAACAUGUCUUAAUAAAUGGUAUUGCUAAAGCUGGUUAUUUUUACAAUUUAUACCUGAAAUGAUUGUGAUAUUAUGGAAAUAAAGGAUAUUUUUGCAUCUA